AUGUCAGACCCCAAUGAUCUCCCGGCGGAUUCGAGCCACAGUGCAGUAGACUCACCAUCCAGGCUAUCCAAGCCAUAUUCAUGUGUGGUUUGCCACAGACGAAAAGUCAAAUGUGACCGACAGAGCCCAUGUUCAAAUUGUGCAAAGGCCAAUGUGGAGUGCGUCUACCAGGCGCCGCCACCGCCGCGUCGUCGCAAAAGGGAGCGAGACACGAAUGGCAGUGUAUUUCAAGAACGCGAAAAGUCGCUUCGGCGAACAAGCGCACAACCUUUGUCACAUGAAGAUGCAGAAAGAUAUUCUUCUCAAUCUCAAAUCCCAACUGUCAGGGUGGGAGGAGUUCGACCCGACGCAGAGAAGAAUGGAUCCGGAAGGAUGAUCAUGAAAGAAGGCAACACGGUUUAUCUCGAUAAGUUGCUCCCGAAUGCUGCCGAUGUCUUGGACGAUGUGUCAGAUAGUGGCACAGACAACCAUGUCGAAGAAAUUCGCGAUGAAUUUACAGUGCUAAUGGGCCCCGGAAGUCGAAAAGGCCUCGCAGAACUACAUCCGAAUCCACUGCAUAUCUUCAAACUGUGGCAGACAUUCCUCGAGAAUGUCAACCCUCUUACUAAAAUUGUACAUGCUCCGAGUCUACAGCAGCGGAUUUUGGAGGCAAUGGGAAAUCUGCCAACCAUAUCAAGAGAACUCGAGGCAUUAAUGUUCUCAAUAUACUGCAUCGCAUUGGUUUCCAUGCAAGCAGAUGACGUUGAGAAAGCAUUUGGGGAAGGCAAGAGGGCUCUUCUGUCCAGAUGCCGACGAGGCGCCCAACUGGCCUUUAGGAAUGCAUCUAUUCUCCGUACAUCCAGAUUGAUGGUUCUCCAGGCAUUCAUGCUGUACUUGCUUUCCAUGCGUGCAUUCUCUGAUCCACACACGGUUUGGUCUUUAUGUGGCGUUGCUAUCCGGAUUGCGCAACGCAUUGGUCUUCACCGAGAUGGUUCUGGGUAUGGUCUUUCAGUAUUUGAGACCGAGAUGCGCCGUCGCAUUUGGUUUCAACUUUUGGUUCUUGAUGUCACCUCUGCACAACUUUGUGGGGUUGCUUCAGCCAUGCCGCUGGCUACAAAUGAUGUCAAACCUCCUAUCAACAUCAAUGACAGCGACCUCGACCCACGCAUGACAGAACCCCCUCACGAGAACCCAGGCCCAACAGAAAUGAUUUUUUGCUUGGCUCGGAGUAGGUUUGGAAAAUGGCUUCGUCACUGGUCAAAGGAUGCAGGCGGUUAUAAUGGACCAUGGGCACUUUUGUCCUCUUCUUCUAUAUCUCUGGCUGAAAAGGAUCAAGCUAUUGAUCAGCUCGAGGAGGAAAUGGAGCAGAAUGUUCUCCGGCACUGUGAUCGGUCGAUCCCACUUCACCUGAUGACAACGAUCAUGGUACGGUCAGCCAUUUAUUACACAAGACUGAUGGCACAUCACCCUCGGCAAUAUCGGGAACCGAACGACCGUGUCCCCGAAGCCGAGAAGGGCAUCAUUUUUGAGAAUUGCUUGAAAAUGACCGAGUUUGCCGACUACGCUCAAAAUAGUCCUGCUGUGCAAGGGUUCUCGUGGCACAUGGUGAACCACAUGCCGUGGGAUGCCAUCAUUUUCAUGCUGUCUGAAAUGCGGCAUCGGAAUGACCCACAGGAGAAGGGCCAGGUCUGGCAACUCAUCGGCAGCAUAUACCCCCGACACCUCCGACAACUGGGCAAGAAUGCGCAAUCACCUCUUCACAUGGCCAUUCAGAACUUGAUGGUCAAGGCUUGGAAGGCCUAUAUCGAGGAGUGUAACCUCCACCAACGUACCCCGACUCCCUGUCCGACCAUUGUGACCACCCUUAUCGGCAGUGCCAAAGAUGUCUCCGAAUCUCAAUCAGCCGAGGAAAUGGUCAGUUCUGUUGAGCCCGGUGCUGCUUUGCAAGGCCAGCCCAGCCAUGACCUCCCAAGUUCACACAUGGGCGCCGAAGCUGAGAACCUUUUCUUUUUUGGGGAGAGUCCGAUGGAUUGGGAUAAUUGGGAUAACCUCCUCAACCAGUUUCAAGAAUCGGUUAUGGAUGAUGCGACACUGAUGAUAGGGUCUUUGUCAUAA